AUGAUCUGCGCGCUUCUUUGCUCUCAAGACACGUUCAGUUACGAGUACCUAUACAGACAAGCCGAGGUAUCGUCUACAUAUGAGAGACAAAGCAUCAAGAUAGAGGAAAUAAGGAAGCGACAAGAAGAAAACCGAGCAAAACAUCACCCAAGCGGCAAAUAUUGGCCAAUCCCCGGUUGCCCCAUCGACCGCCUGCACGCUCGUGACCGCCAAUUCGACGACGCCGGGCCCAGCCUCCGCCCUCGCUUGUCCCUCUUUGGGGCCUGUGGAAGAAGCCCUACAGGCGGAGGGAUGAGGAGCGAACAGAACUCAACGAGAGCGAGAAGAAGCGACACGAGUCGGCCCAUUGCCGUGGCAACUGCGAGAAUCGUAUGGAUACGCAUGGUGGAUGUCGCUGUCGCUGUUACGGGUAUGCAGGCGUUUUACCUGAGUAGGCAGGGCGUUUUCGUCCUGAACAACGCAGCAGUGCCAGCUGUUUAUUACAUGUCGUUCCUUGUCCGUCCCGCGGCAUCGAUGCUGCUGUCUGGUAUCACCAACCUGGCAGGUCUUGUUGUGGAGGGAUUGGGCACCGAACUGCUCGUCCUCGCCUUAGCCUCCGCACUAGAACCACCACCAACGACUACUCCUACAAGACAUGAAAGACACACUCGUACGAGUACCUACAGCAAACGGCCUGGAUCGGACCCAAUGCCGCAUCGUACGUACAUGCGCAUACACGUACAUUUGCAUCUACAUGGAACUCGCGCAAUCAAUCGAAUCGCUGUUUGGCCUCGCUCGCAUCCCAUCUGCCAGGGCUGCUGCGUCCUUCCCUACGCGCAUACAAAGUCCCUUACAUGCGAGGCACAUAAGCCGAGUACGACAGCACGCGAUGUGCCCGUUCAUUCGUAUCUGGCGAUUCCCGUCACAAAUCAUCAAUCUCCUGCUGGGAGCCUGUUGAUUGCCGUGCCCUGUGCUUGA